AUGGCGGAGACCGAGGCCAAAGAAGUAAUGGAUCUACCAAAGGGCUAUACGCCCCUGAGCGAUAUCUUGGAAGAGAAGGCCUUGCCUAGAGGCCUUGUGGAUGUCAUUGGUCUCGUCAAGGGCUUUCGUGCCCCUAUGACUACUCAGAAAACAGAUUAUAAGUGUCAACUGACUCUCAUUGACUUGUCUCUUUCGAAUGAUUCUCAGGACGUGGAGAUGGCAAUUUUCCGUCCGCAAAAAGACAUGCCCAACGUCAGCGUGGGUGAUGUUGUCGUUGUUCACAGAGCAAAGACCAACAGGUGGCAGAGUAAUGCUUUAUCUCUGUUAAGUAAUUUCGAGACAACCCUUCACAUCUAUCCGGCAAAGAAGAUACCCUCUCCUCCUCAACAGACCCCACCCCCCCAAACGCCAUCGGCCAAGGACAAAGGGCGAAAGCCAGACGACCUAGAGGGGAAGUAUGUCUCCUGGUUGUACCACAACAUCGACAAGAGCUCCCUCCCAGACCCCGACGUGUUUCAAAUUCAAGUUCAGCAAUCACUGAAUAUAAAGAAAAAGCUGUGCGAGUUGAAAGAAGUUAGGGACCGCAAGUUCCAGGAUCUCAUCGUCCAGGUUGUUCAAGCCCCAUACGACUUCAGUGACAAGGUGAGAUUAUAUGUCUCAGAUUAUACGGAGAACUCUGCUUUCUUCAACUACGUCAACAAAAGUCAGGACAACUAUGGUGGUCGGGAUGGAGACCCCUACGGCUACACUUCUGGCAAGCUUCGGAAAUCCGACUCGUCUCUCCAGUGGCAGGGGCCUUUUGGAAAGCGAGCCAUGCAAAUCACUUGCUGGGAACCUCAUGCCACUGUCAUCCGAGAGAGGGUGAAACAGAAUGAUUGGGUUCACUUAUUGAAUGUUCAAAUCAAAUACGGUUCCGACGGCUACCACCUAGAGGGAUAUGUUCGCGAAGCCCGGAAUGCAUUCGGCAACGGGAUAUGUGUUGAUAAGCUGGACUUGUCGGAAGAUCCAGAGGAUUUGCAUCCCAGCGUCAAGAAUGCCCUCAGAAGGAAGCGAGACUACGAGAAGCAACUCAAAAUCCAGUCCAAAGGAGUGGAGUCCUCGCAGGGAGCAGGCAAAAAACGGCCGCUCGCGGAUCAAGCAGAAGAGAAACCUCGGAAUUCCAAGCAACGUCGAGCGCGGAAACGAAAUCAAGCUGUAGAUAAGGAGAAGGGUGAAGAUGAGAAGAUCGAAGCAUCUCCAGACCUCAACAAGCAAGUGGUCUGCGAGAACCACGAACACCCGGCAGUAGACGUGGCUGCCAUCCUUGAACCAGCAACACAGGAGUUUACCUUCCAAAACGUGCCCCUUGUCGUCAAACUUCCUUUCCACGACGCAAAAUAUCGGACCAAUGUUCGUGUGGUCGACUUUCACCCACCUCGCAUACAGGAUUUCGCUUGCGCGCGCAAGCAAAACGAAUACGAUGCCCUGUCUGACUUCUCUGGUACAGACUCGGAGGAUGAAGAUGACGAAAAAGAGCAUGGCACUCUCGACAACUUUGUGAACGCGAGCGAGCUCAUCUGGGAGUGGCGCUUUACUCUCUGUCUCCAGGAUGCCGUUACAACCAACGACCCGAAGACGCAGAAGAAGAACCAAUUUUGGGUCGUGGUGGACAACAUGGACGCCCAGCUCUUGACUGGCCUCGACGCAUGCGACUUCCGCGUGAAGCCAGAGGUUUUGGCCCAGUUGCGUGAAAAAAUGUUCAUUCUCUGGGGAGAUCUCGAAGAAAAGAAGGCCAAGAAAUUGGCCGAGCAUGGCAGCAAGCAAAUAGCCAACGUGGGAAAAAAGAAGACUACCGACCGACCCCCAGAUUCCGACGAAGAGGGCGCAGCCGGGCCGUUUAAGACGGAGAAGGAGGCCAUCUCCAACCGUCCUUUCACCUGCUGUGUACGCCAGUUCGGUAUCCAAGUCAAGGAGCCAAAUCCCGAGAAGGCGGAUGCUGGGCACGGGAAGAGAUGGGAGCGGAUGUAUGGACUUUUCGGAACGAAAAUUUUGGGUGUCUAA